AAACUAGUAUAGACGCAGAAAAACGUGAAUGCUUUUUAUUGGCUGUUAUACUUAAUUAAUAAUGUUUUAAGAUAUAAUAAUCCAUGGAAAUAGCAAAACAAAAAUGAUUGAGCUUUCAGCCAAGUUAACAACUGGCACAGUUUACUUAGCUGGUGAGGCUCUAGAGUGUUGUAUUACAUUUUGUCAUACAACACAACCAGAACACAGAAAUUCCCAAAGCCACAGUGAUAUUUUAGAGAACUUAGCAUGGGGUUCCGCACAGAUCCACUGUUUCUAUUCCACAUCAGGGAGCAUGGCUGAAAAAACACCUACUGUCGAGAAGACUACAUCUUUGGAGGUGACUUCAUGUGACAUUGGUGAUGUGACAUUUCAUACUAAACCAAAGAUAUUAUUCUGCGACUUGACUAUUCCUCUUGGGGAGACUAAAACAUUUUGGUACAGAGAAUCAUUACCAAUUGAAGCACCACCAUCUUACCGUGGCACAACAGUGAAAUACUCCUACAAAGUCACAAUAGCCACUCAAAAAGUGGGCUCUCACAUCAAAAUGGUCCGGAUACCUUUCCGAGUGCUACCUAUUAGUCCAAUAAUGAACAUGCAAGACCUGGCCGCACUGUGUGGGAAUGAGACAACUGAGGAGCUGCAGCCAACAAACCCAUUCUCUGAAGAGAGGAAGGUAGAGACACCACUGACUAUGGCUCUGCAAGUAUUGCAGAAUCUCACAGCCCGAAGAAGCCCUAAUUCAUACAUGAUUACCAACUCCAGAGGUAAAGUGGGAAGAUUCUGCCUGUUCAAGUCAGCGUACAAACUGGGUGAAGAUAUUGUUGGGACCUUUGAUUUCUCCGUCGGAACUGUCACUUGUAUGCAGGUAUCAGUGUCUCUGCAGCCUGAAGAAAUAGUUAAAUCGUCACCAGCUAAAGCUAACAAUAACAAAGACACCACCAGCAGGUCAAUGACCGUGGCAAGAUACCAUGAAGUAACCUUAGGUCUCACCCAUUCAGAAUUAAUAUUACCCAUUCCAUUGCACAUCACUCCUGCUUUCGAGGUUGAUGAAGUAACACUAAAAUGGCGUCUCCACUUCGAGUUUGUAACCACAAAUGAAAAGCUCCUUCCCAAUCCCGAAGAUAAGGAUUGGAAUGCGCCCUUGAAUGUGCCCAUUGAAACUAUGGUCUGGAAUCUCCCUGUCAAGAUAUAUUCUACUUUGCCCAAACAGAUCACACAGCAUGUGGUGGGCAAUGAUGCUUACACAAUGCACAUAAAAUAAUCAAAUUGAAUUAAUAUAAUAAAUUAAAAAAUAAUACAGGUAGUGCUAAUACACAAUUCCAUUUUUUUUAAUGAUUACUACUAGAUUUUAACAAAAUAAAUUGCAAUGUAUAUAAUUAAACAGAAUGGUAAUUAAAUUAGACGAU